AUACGCGAGGGCACCGGGUGAGUGCAUGCGGUUAGGGGUAGCAUCUCCCCCACCGGCUGGAUCGGAAGGAUCGUUCUUCUGCUCUCUGACCGCCGUGUCUGCAUAUUUUGCAAAUAGCGCAGUCAUAAUCAUCAUUCAAUAGCCUACAUAAGGAUGAUAUGCGGCGGUAUUAUGUGCAGAGGGUUUCAUUUCGGGUAUUACCAUAUCGCAGCCAUGAAGUUCUUUCUCUACCGUCUCCUGGACAUUGACAUUUUGGACGAGGCUGCCGCAUUAACUUGUUUCUUUGCAUACGGUCAGAUCUUUCGGAGUAUAAAGACCUACCCACCCUAAAGCCGAAUUUUUCUACCUUGCCAACUCAUCAUCCAACUAAUCACCUGAAUAAUCUAUUUAAUUACUUCGAUUGGCCAUUAUUAUCACGGAACUUUCAACAUGGUGUCAUCUCUGGUAGAGGAAUUUCACGAUAUCAAAUAUCAAGAAUAUGAGGGCCUUGACGGCCUUCCUUAUGAAACUGAUCUACAACUUGAUUGGUCAGAUACUACUGUGAUGCCUGUCAAGCGCAAACGCGAGCCUCAGUUCACUACUGGCCCCAAUCCUCGGCUCGUAAUUAAAAGAAUUAGAGCACCUGAUGAGCAGUCAUUCAACGAUCACAUGAAACGAUUAAUUCUAAGAGAAGCCCGAUGCUUGAACUAUGCCAAGCAUCGUCAUAUAAUUAGAUUUGAGACAGCCUUCUACUUAGAGUCCCAAGAUGAAUCGAGGUCCUUCAUGGGCAUCGUGAUGGAUCGCGCAGAGGGCGACAUUCGGGCCUACCUCAAAUGUCAAAUGAGCUCGGAAAAAAACUCGAAGAUUUGCGGUUGGUUCCAGUGCUUGUCUAAUGCUGUGGCCUACGUCCAUGGUCUUGGGAUCACACACCGCGAUAUCAAACCGCCCAACAUAUUGGUAAAGGAUGGGAAAGUUCUGCUUGCGGAUUUCGGAAUAUCGAAAUUAGGGCUUGUUAAAACCCUCCCAACAACGCAACCCAACGAUCCGCGGUCCCGGACACCUCAGUAUGCUGCCCCUGAAGUCGAAGAUGGAAGCACCCGGGGCCGAUCAGCUGAUAUAUUCUCGCUGGGCGCAGUAUUCCUAGAGAUGCUCGUGGCUUAUUCUUAUCCGACUGAGCGACAGAGCCUCAGCUCUGUGAUCCAUCUAUCCCCGAACGACUCGUCCUACGCGAAAAGGUUGAAUGAUGUUCACCUCUGGAUGACUGCCUUACAGCAGCGAAUGACGCCGGAAGAAGCUUGGCAAAAUAUGAUAAUUUGUACUUGCCAGGAUAUGCUAAGCCCAGAUAGAGAUGAACGACCCAGCAUCGAAUCAGUUUAUCAGAGGAUCAAGUCCGUUCCAUCGCCAAGCAACUCUACACCUACAUGUUGUAGCCUCAUGUUAGAAGGUGAAGACGUCACCGAUGAUCAAAGGUUGGUCGAGGCAUGCAAAAGCCCAGAGAAUAUAGACGAAGUGAGAGAACUAGUCUCUUCUAAGAGGGGGGACCCUAGGACUGUGGGAGUCCUUCACCAGGCAUCGGCACAUGGAUCAGACAAGGUUGUGGAGUAUUUAUUAUCCCAAGGGGCUCCUGUCGAUCUACGGGAUUACAGUAACCAAACAGCUCUUCACUGUGCAGCUGGGUAUGGUCAUAAAACUACGGUUGAAAUUUUGCUAAAAAAGCGCGCCGACGUAAAUGUGCGGGAUGAUGAAGGGCGAACACCGCUUUUCUACGCAUCUGGUCAUGGAAAUGCGGACAUAGUUUCGAAGCUGCUGAUGUCCAAAGCUCAAGUUGUAACGCAAGACCACAAUCGACAGACAGCACUUCACUUUGCGGCAAAGGGGCGGCGCCAAUCGUUCUCUAACCACAUAAGAGUAAUUGAACUACUAUUGGGACGAGCAGCCGAUAUCAAUGCGAGAGAUGCCAAAGGAAGGACGCCGCAGGAAUACGCGAAGUCAAAAGGCCAUGACCAUAGGGCUAGCCUGCUGGGUAACGAUGCCCCGGGCUCAAUUCUAGUGCAGGAUAAAUCAUUAACAGACCCUAGCAGCAUGACAGUAAAGAACAUCGCCAGGAUAAUCCAGCCGCCACGCCAAUACUGUGAUGACGAUAUACAACAAGUAGCGGACCAGCUCAAAGAUGUCGAACCUGGGUUGGAGCAAUACACGAAGAUCUGCAUAGUACUGCAUAAUAGUAUGCAAUCAACCGACGAUGUAUAUAAGGUUCUGAAGAGAUUUUCGGAGAAGAAGACGACGGACCAUAGGCUCCCCUUCAAAAAGGAGGAACUCAUAGACGUCCUAGAUAGCCCUGGAGCAUUGGCCCGAUUUGAAAAAGAGCAACAAAAGGUUUUGAUCGACACGCCUACCUUUCAAAAGCUCGAUACGCAUUACAACCUCCGACAAGACCAAUGGAGAGGGAGCCUUAAGGAAAUUGGAGUUUUAGGACAAGGAGACUCGGGCGUUGUGUAUAAAGUUGGGUUAGGGAACUCAGAUCAGAUCUACGCGCUUAAAACUAUAGAGCGCAGCAAGAGGAAGGCUGGUGAAGAGCUAGCCAUGCUCAAGCGUGCGUCACACAAGAAUAUCGUGCGGCUAGUCGGCAGUUUCACGUCACCCCAGUUCAUCGGGAUCUUGAUGGAUCCGGCUGCCGACUAUAACUUGGCGAUGUAUCUCGAUGAAAGCACUAUCGACCCCCAAAAAGAGUCGCUACUACUUCGAUACUUCGGAUGCCUAGUAGACGCUCUGUCAUAUCUGCAUCACGAGGUAUACGUACGACAUAAUGACAUCAAGCCCCAGAAUAUCCUCGUACAUCGCGGACAAGUCUUUUUAGCCGAUUUUGGUAUAUCUUUGGACUGGAAGGAAACAAUGCGGACGACAACAUGGGCUCCUGCUGCCCGAACCCCCUUAUACUGUGCCCCUGAAGUCACCAGGGAAGGGCAGUCGAGAAACUCUACAGCAGAUAUCUGGUCACUUGGGUGUGUCUUCCUGGAGAUGAUGACUGUCCUUAAGGGGCGACACGUGAAGGAAAUAUCGACGUUUCUCGGCGACCGCGGUUCCAGGGGCUCUUCAUACGGCGAAAGGCUAUCGGACGUUCUCUUGUGGAUACGGAUCCUCGAGGAGGAAAACAAUGAUAUCACAAAUGAGCCUUUUGAGUGGAUUCAUGACAUGCUCCAGCAUGAACCCAAGGCAAGACCCGGGGCAAGCAGAUUACGGAAAAUCUUACAGGAAAAGAGUGAUUCUAACGCGGGGUUAUCUUUCUUUGGUGACUGCUGCAGGAGAAAUACCGUAGCCUUGCGAGAACGUAAUGAUUCUCGUCAACUUGAAGAAAUCUUUGAUGAUAGUCCGAUCGAAAAAGAUACCCGUAUUGCAGCCGUUGGCUGGUCUGGCGAACGGCGGUUGUAUAUUCAAGGAACUGAUGGAGGUAUUCGAGAAGCUGCCCGGAAACAAUAUGGCUCGUCUUGGGAGGGGGGAAGACCCGAGGACAAGAUCGCCAAAGGGAAGCUGCGUACGCCUAUUGCAGCGACUGCUUGGCAGCAGAUAGGAGGUCAUAGACAACCAGUGGUUCGCGUUUAUUUCCUUGACAACAAUGAUCUCAUCCAGGAACGAUCAUGGAACCCCGUUCUGGGAUGGACCGAUGGUGCACUAAGUAGACAUAGAAUUCAAGCAGCGCCAACAAGUGAACUUGCCGUCACGUCCUGGGGCGAUGGCAACAUAAUUCUUUGUUACCAAGAUAUCGAUAACUCUAUCCGUAUUCUCCAUGGGUGGGCCCCCAGGUCCGAAUGGCGACGUGGCUCAAUUCUCCGAGAUGAAGCGGCCAUUGGUUCGCCACUAGCAGCAAUAAACUUCGAACAUCUUGGGCAUCGCGGAUUGAGGCUUUAUUGUAAAUUUGAGGAGGCCGAGUUUGGUGAAUUAUGUUGGGAUAAGGUCGAAGACGAGGGAAGAGAGAAUCCCGAUCCUUACAGAGGCGGUUAUUCCAGAACAGCCACCCCUGGAUCUUCUAUCACCGCAGUUGCCUUUAAGCAGGUAGACCUAGAGAUGUUCAUUUAUUACUCUAGCCCGGCUGAUGGUAUCAUCGAAAACCGAUAUAGUGGGGGCUGGUUAGGGUGGGAUACACGAGUUGGAAACGGUACACUAACGGGUCCCAUCUCGGCUCUGCGGUUAGAGAAUGGCUCAAUGGCGGCCUAUUUCGUGGACGGAAGUAAUCUCAUGGAAGUUGUACGCGAGGACGGAAAUUGGUCACAGACCGUUAUCAUGGCCAGUCAAGAAGAACGCACGUUGGUGAAUCCUGGAGAGCAACCAGGAACGCAACCACUCAACAACAAGCCCAAAACGGACCCGGGAUCAUCGGAGUCAACCCAUCACUUAGUACCGCGCCUGGAAUCUCCUAAAACACCAUCUGGGUGUCGAUCGAUUCUAUGGAGCACCGCUUCGUAUUUCAGGAGUAUAUUCUCAUGCUUAGGUGGUACUUUGGUACGUAGACGAAAGUAA